AUGCUGAGCGUCCGCAGCAAAGCAAGUGGAGCCUGCGAAGUUAGUCGAGCCAGGAACCAAGACAGGUCGAGUGCAACGAUAGAAGAUCUACGAAUGAAGGUACAGGAGCUGAAGCAUGAGCUUCUAGCCUUCAAGAACUUGAAACGUUUGGUAGGCGAAGACAGCACAGAGCAAUAUAACGACAUUAUGUACGAGAACAGCGCGCUCAAGACACUCAACGAAUAUUACCGGUUCCGUUACAAGACUCUCCGAGAAGAUGCUGACCGCCUCACUGUGACAAAGACGCAACUCCUAACAGAAAAAACAACUUGGGAGUUCAUGUGCUGUGGGGACUUUGACACCGGCGAUGGCGUCAAGGCCCUCAUCAAGGGAUACGUCAAGGAAGUUGAAGAGAUAAAAGCCAAGCUCAUCGCCUCCGAGGAAGUAUGUGCCCAGCUUCGAAAUCAGCUCAAGAGGUACGAGGCACGCACCAGCAUGGGUCCCAACUCGGCUGUGGCAGUGAGUGGAAUAUGCGACCUCAGCUGCAGCGUCGACGUGACAAUCGCGACAGUCGUGCUUCCCGGGGCAAAGCGCAACACGAAGCCGUUACCACCCAAAGGCAAUUAUGAGGACGAGAACAGGGAAAAAAUGAAGGACGCUGACGUAGAGACAGAUAAAAACAUCGGACUCGAAGGCUCAGACUCUGAAGCAGAGUUGUUGAAGGGUGACGAACAAACCUUCAGGGACCUGGCCACAGGCACUAGAUAUGCCUUCAUUGAGCAGAAGAUGAUAGGCGAAAUCAAAAAGUGUCAGUGCCGUAAAGAAGUUAUGCGCCAGCAGUAUGUAAAAAGGCUCAUACACCUGCAGCAAAAGAAAACAGAAAUAGAGAUAGAGAAAAACUUGAUUGUCUCAAAAAUGAGCCCUGCGCGUGCAUCGAAAAACAUGGACGAGAAAGUACGCAAGAUCGAAAGAGACUUUGAGCAGAAGCUGAAACAUUUUCACGGCGAGCUCAAAAAGAUGUGUUCUGUCACGCGUGAGCAUGCCAUGCUCACGAAGAAGCAGACCGAGUACAGGCGACAGGCCUACAAGCUAAAACAAGAACUGGAGGACAUGAAGAAAAGCAAGGAAGCUCUUGUCAGCAAGAUGAAAGAAGAAAGUAGGCGCCAUCAGGAGGCCGGGAAGCGAUGCAACCAGCAGAUGGCGCAGAUUCUCAAGAAGAGCCGUUGGCAGGAUGACCGUAUCCGCUCCCUCGAAGCCCAGGACCGAGCUUUGGAAACUUCCCUCAAGCGGCUCCACGAGGAGAGAGUCGCCCUUGAAAGACAGGCACGAGCCUCAUCGCAGGGCUUUGCGGUUCGUGUUCCCAAACAGAAUCCAGCUCCCCGAAAAGGUCUGAUUUCUCCUAAAGUGGCCAAGAAGAGCUGGCAGACAAUUGAAAAGCACAUUAACCAACUGGUUUUGACCAAGCAGAGUGUCUACACCUUGCAAAGGGAUAUGGAGCGAUCACUUUCCGAACGGGAGAAGCUGACGCUCUGCCUGGAAAGAACAAUGCGGAAACGAGAGCGAGUGGUUCAAGCUGGGAAGGACACCCGCAACCUGGACAGCGAGGUAGCGAGCAUCAAAGCAAAUCUGAAUUACCAGAACGAGAAUAUUAGGGAAUGCCAGGUCAAUCUCCUCCAAGUAGAGAAGAAGAUAGACGGCAGAGACUGCCCGCAACUGGACGCUGUUCUAGAAGGCUUGGUGGACACCCAGGGCCGCUACCUGCUCGAAAAGCUGCUGCACAAGGUGAUAAACCACAGCCUGCAAGCAGCACUGAACAAAAGCAAGGUAGAAGAGCUGAAAGCCAGACUUGAACUAGUUGAGGCUCGCAAACGAUGCCAGAAAACAAAACCUGUUGCAGCACACCAAGAAGCAGGUGCAAGUGAAACCCUCGCAAUCGCCACGCUGGUCGGAGGAGCCGGAGAGCGCGACCAGCUAAAGUCAUCAUCACUUACGGACAAGUCAUCAGAUUAUGAGUCGCAACGCAUUCCAUGA